GCCGUCUGCGCUUGAACGCUGCGGAAAUUUCCCAUGUCAACGACCAGAAGUUGGAAAAGUUGAGUUUUCAUAGCACAUGGGUUCGGUAUAUCAUGAACUGUGUUGCCACUGUAAGGUAUCUCUUUCUCUUUGUCAGCGACCAGGAACCAAGUCAGCGACUACUGCACCCGGAAGCUCCGAGGUCGCCAAGAACGCUGCGUCCCGGAUCGGAUCAACCGAUCGAUCAAGCGAGCGCUGCUUCACCGGCGGCAAAGGUGAGCGGCGACCCCGAUGGCGGCCACACACGGAGAACCCCGGGCGCCGGUUGCAGUGGUGAGUCCGCAGUUGUGCAUGCCGUACAUGGUGCCGCUGACGGUGACCAAGAAGGCCUUAAGUUUCACCGGCGGCGACUUCACUGUCACCGACGCCAAUGGCGCCGUCGUGCUGCAGGUCAAGGGCGUCUUCUUCAGCGUGCCCAACCGCCGGGUCAUACUCGACGCCGCCGGCCAGCCCAUCCUCACCAUGCAGGAGAAGGUAUUUAGUAUGCACGACCGAUGGGAAGUGUUCAGAGGGGAUAGCACGAAAGCAAGCGAUUUGCUCUUCUCUGCGAAGAGAACUUCAAUCUUCCAACUGAAGACAAAGAUGGCUAUCUUCAUGGCUCGGAACACCACAGAGCAGGUCUGUGAUUUUAUGAUCAAGGGUAGCUACUCCGAGAAAUCUUGCGCCUUCUAUCUAGGCAACUCGGAUACCAUGAUUGCUCAAAUGAAGCGUAAGUAUACUGUCUCCAAUGUACUGCUCGGAAAGGACACGUUCAGUGUUACCGUAUUCCCUCACGUUGACUAUGUGUUCAUCGCGUCUCUUGUUGUGAUGCUGGAUGAGAUUCACAGUCACAGGCAAGCUGGAAAUCACCAAUGAUCACACCAAUCCCAAGCUUCAAUCAACUCGAACAGCUAUCGUAUCAUCACAAGUUGCUAUUAUCAACAGUGUUAUCCGAUUCAGGCUUGCAUGUAAAAUUGUGCUAGCAAGAUAAAACUACUGAAAUUUUCCUAGUUUAUGCUGAUGUACAAUAAUGCAUAUUUGCUUUUUCA